AUUAGCACAUGGCAUGGCGUGAAAGUAGAUAACAGUGGUUUUGUGACCGAAUUAAAAUUACCCAAUAAUAAUUUAACUGGCUCUGUCCCAGAUGAUAUUGAAAAUUUAACCCAUUUAAGGGUUUUAGAUUUUAGUGGUAAUAAAUUUAACAAUAACAUUUCCUCAAAAAUUGGAAACUUAGCCAAUUUAGAUUCUUUAAGUUUGCGAAAUGCUAAAUUAACUGGUACUAUUCCAACAGAACUGUCAAAUUUAGCAGCAUUAAAGUACUUGUAUUUAGACAACAACACACUUGUUGGUCCCAUUCCUGAUAAAUUUGGUGAUUUAAAAAAUUUGUUAGUCCUAUACAUUAACAGUAAUGACUUAUCUGGAGAAAUUCCAACAACUCUGGGAAAUCUUAGACAACUGCAACAGAUUUAUGCUAGGGAUAAUGUAUUAAGUGGUCCUAUUCCAUAUGCAUUAGCCAAUAUUCCUGCAUUAAAUACAUUUGUAUUUGAUAACAAUCAUCUUUCUGGGACCUUACCUGAUUUUUCAAAUACUUCCAUGAGAACUUUUUUAAUUCAUGAAAAUCCUGAUCUUACUGGUUCUUUAAGGGCCAGUGAAUCUGUUUCAGAGGGACAUCCCGAUAAAGUUGCAGAUCAAAUUUCAGAUGCUAUUUUAGAUAAUUAUCUUUCUUUUGACCCAGACAGUAAAGUAGCUUGUGAAACUUUAGUUACAACUGGUCAAGUGAUACUUGCAGGAGAAAUAAACUCUAAAGCAAAUAUUAAUAUACAGAAAACUGUAAGAACGGUUAUUAAAAAUAUAGGAUAUACCAAAAGUGAGUACCUAUUUGAAGCAAACUCUUGCGGUAUUUUAUCCGCUUUACAUGAGCAAUCACCAGAUAUAAACCAGGGCGUUGAUAAAAUAAAUAAAGAAGAUCAAGGUGCUGGAGAUCAAGGGAUGAUGUUUGGUUAUGCCUCUUCAGAAACAGAUAAUUUCAUGCCCCUAUCUUUGCAUAUUUCAAAUAAACUCCUUCAGGAAUUAGCCAGAAUUAGAAAAAAAGAACUUGAUUUAAUGCCUUAUUUAAGGCCCGAUGCAAAAGCUCAAGUGAGUGUAGAAUAUAAUGAUUCACAUCAACCUAUUAGAAUUCACACCAUUGUGAUUUCAACGCAGCAUGAUGAAUUUGCCUCAGAUACUGGCAUGAAAGAAAAGAUU